AUGUCAGACGAUAUAAGAGCCGAAACCAUUGGUGAUGGAAUCCGGGAAACCGAGGCUGGCAGGGCUAUACCUGACCAACUAGUCAACCUGCAACCCAGAGGACCACCACCGGGUUCGAAAAACGCCAAUUCGCCUCAGAAAACAGUAGAGGAAGAGGAGGUGGAAGAGGUGGAAACGGCUGGCGAGGAAGGGCCAAGGUGCACAAGAACAAUAACUGGGGCAACCGGGGUGUACCGAACCAGGCAGCGAACACAGGCCCCUUUUUCGGUAACCACAAUGGGGGGACCUAUGGAGGGUACCAACCUUUCCAGCAGACGUUCCAACUGGCUCAACACAACUCCAAUCCCUUCAGGCCUUUCGGUUUCCCAAACCAUAGCCAAGCCUACGGGAACACGUGGCAGGACCAAGGACAACAAGGCGGAGCGCAGUUUGUCAGUAACUACCCGAACGGAGAGGGAAUGUCGAGUUCGAAAGGAGGGACGAAUGUGGGAGGAGGCAAGAAUGCAAACGGACCAAAAUCCAGCUGAGACCGGUAGCUUUGAUUGUAAUCCUAAAGGGAAGCCGUCAUAUGUCGGGAAGCAGAAAUGA